GGCCGAAGGAAAAAAAAAAUUGUUUCCCUUACGGCCCAUUCAACCCCUGACAUCAUCAAUUCCCCAAAUCGAACUUCGUCCGUGGAUGCGAGGCCUCCGCCCGCCGGCGAGGUGAGAGAUGAGCCUCACGGCGGCCUUCCGGGCCGCGAAAACCCCCCGCACCCUUCGUUCCAAACCCGGCGAGGCCGCGAAGAAGAAGGCGGCGCCACCGUGGUGCGUCUACCUUAUAGCCUCCUCCCGGAUCCCUCGCACCUACGUUGGCGUCACCACCGACUUCCCUCGCCGCUUGCGACAACAUAAUGGCGAAUUAAAAGGUGGUGCAAAAGCUGCCUGUGCUGGAAGGCCAUGGAAUCUCGCAUGCCUUAUUGAAGGCUUUGUUAGCAGAAGUGAAGCCUGUGAGUUUGAAUCGAGAUGGAAGAACAUCUCUCAGAAAAUGGCACGGAAAAGGAAUGAGCCUAGAAUGAAGUCAGUGUUGCAGCAUCGAGAAGCGGCGUUGAGCAGAGUGGAGACCCUUAUGGAUUGUAGCCACCUAAAUAUCAAAUGGCACUCAAGUUGAGGUUGUUUAUUCACACUGUUGUAUGCAGAGGCAUCUAAUUGUGCAAAAAAUCACCAAUUAACCAUAAAUUAUUUUAAAAAAGAAUUCUCAUGUCUUCCACUCAUAGCAAAGAGAACACUUUGACUUGCUACCAAUAAGAUCAAGAUGACUAUUGUAUUUUUUUUCUAUAACACUAAGACGCCAGAAGAGGCAGCUGGGGCUUCAAUUGUAUGUUUUAUUUCAUUUGUAUAGGCAUUGUUUCACCAGGGUAGAUAGUCUUCCAAUACAGGAGCCAUGUCUCGUGUGAUGGACCUCUGUUUAUAUGUAAAUGACACUUAUGUACUGUAAUCAUUUGUAUUUUCUUAGGGCAUGCUUGCAUAGAGGGAUAUAGUCAAAUCCGUGUAUUUCACGUGUGAUUAGGAGGGAAAACAGAUAACUUACUUGCCAAUUCAAGGGGGUAUUGGAUCAAAUCCGUGCCUAUUCAUUUCUCUUUA